AUGUCCGACGAUGAGCAGCACCAACAUGAUUUCCAGCAGGCUUCGGCGGGAGCGUCCUUGACCUUCCCUAUGCAAUGUUCUGCUCUCCGCAAAAACGGACACGUCGUUAUCAAGGGACGCCCUUGCAAGAUCGUCGAUAUGUCCACCUCCAAGACCGGAAAGCACGGUCACGCAAAGGUUCAUCUAGUCGCCAUUGAUAUCUUCACCGGGAAGAAGUUGGAAGAUAUCUGUCCUUCUACCCACAACAUGGACGUACCUAAUGUUCACCGUAACGAAUUUCAACUUGUCAACAUUGACGAUGGUUUCCUCAACCUCAUGACCGCUGACGGUGCCGCCAAAGACGACGUCAAGGUCCCUGAAGGCGAUCUUGGAAAGCAGAUUCAGGCCGAUUUUGACGAAGGCAAGGAUCUCCUUGUCACCAUCGUCAGCGCCAUGGGUGAAGAGCAGGCCAUCUCUGUCAAAGAAGCGCCCAAGGGCUCCAGUUGA